UAUUGCCCAGGAGGGUGAUGGGCCGCAGAGGCGGAGUGGAGAGGAAGAUUGAAGCACAGUCUGCUGGAAGAAUUGAUGGAUUAAAAGAUAUAUAUGUAUAUAUUUGGCAUGGUCCCCAUCCUUCACAGAUAGCAUCUGACUCACACAGCCCCACCUUGAGGGAAGAUUUAUAAGAAUUACUUUGCGUGAACCAACUGUUCUGCACCCACUGGAUGGAGUCGUCAGGAGGAGCGGAGCGGACUGGGGGCAACAGAAAGGUUCUCAGCUCUUUCUGAAACAGUUCCUUGCAGUGCACUCCACUGCUUCGUGUGAAGCCACUUCUUUCCUGGUCGUUCAUCCAUCUGAAUAUAUCAAGACCUAUGAAAUAUACUUUAACAAUUACCCAUGACUUUGGAUUAUCUCAGUUUCCUGAUUCACAUUGUUUAUUGUAUCAAGUGACUUUUCUCCAGCAAUUCGCAGGAGUCAGAGAAGAGGAACAGACGUCAGUGGGCUAAGCAGGCCAAGCAUCAUUUUCCUGCCAUGCUGAAAGGGAUGCAGAAAUGUAAGGAUUCCAGGACUAUCACUGAUACAGUCCAUCUGAGGAAACUGAAGAGAGGCUUCUAACUACGCAGCAAAUUAAGGAGAACAGCAAUCUCAAGAAAGGAGAAGGUGGCCCCCUUCUGCCCUUGCCACGCCCUGCCAAGUGGAAGGCCAGAACAUGCUGUCAUCGUCAUUGUUGCUGUGGGCCUGUCCCGCUGCCAGCGUGAGGUCCAGGACAAGGCUGCCAACCCCGGCAGGAAGAGAGUGCCGUCUCUACCUAGUCGCUGCCGUGACUGACGUCCCUGCUGCCUCUCUGCUUCCAGGGAUAGUGCCGGCUGGCGGAGAAGCAGGCAAGGCUGUCUGGUGACAUUUAGAUCGUCUUUGGGUGCAAGUCUUAACCUGUUCCCUCUGGACCUGUGCGGAGCUCUGUUAUUUUGAAAAGGUGACAAGUGAGCACUCAGUGAUCUUUCCCUUAUAACUGAAACCUUUGCCAGCCCCCGCUCCGAGCAGGUGUGCUGAGCUGCAGUUACCCUGUGAAGUUUGUGCCCAAACCCAAGAUCCCUAUCAAGGCAACGGUGAAACAUGAAUGCAAGCGGCAGCAGCGAUGGCCUUCUCCCUCUUCUUUAAACAGACCAGACUUGCUACAUCAGAGCGAAUGUUGUGUGCUUUGCAGCCGUCCCCUGGGAGUUUGUACACCUGACCCAAAGAUGCUGCUGUUACAUCAUGUUUCAAACUCCUCUUCUGGAUUUGCUCUCAGAGCCUGAGGCACAUUCUUUGAAAUUUCUUCAGUGAUAGCAAAUCUUUGCCCUUUCCGGGUGGAUUUGAUUUGAGGAGACAGCUCCUGGGAGCUACAUCCAAUGAAUAAGGUGACUUGGAGACUGUUGCACAGAUGAGCAGCUGGGAGCCAUUAAUCCAGGACUCUCUGACCAGAGCUCGAUGCAGUGAGAUGUUCCCAGGGUGGCUGAGAUCCAUCAGAAACUGACGACCGAGCGCUGUCAGCGGCCGGCCCUGCCUCUUGGAGCGGAAGCCAGAGAGCUGUUUGAAAACGUCUCAUUCACACACCAGUUGAAGACCAGAGCGUGGAGCCAUUCAAAGUAGACUGAGGUCUCUCUCGGAUGGAUGGAGAGAAGUAGCAGUCUGCAAAGUGCUGUUGGAGGUCCUGAGAACACACACCCAUCUGGUUGUUAUUCCCUGUGUUGAAUGGCAUUUGUUUCAACCAUCCAGGGAUUCUGAACUUGUAACGAGGGAUCCAGGCUGGGAAGAUGUUGAGUUCCAUCAAGUGUGUUUUGGUGGGAGACUCUGCUGUGGGGAAAACCUCCCUGUUGGUGCGCUUCACCUCAGAGACCUUCCCAGAGGCCUACAAGCCCACGGUGUAUGAGAACACGGGCGUGGACGUCUUCAUGGAUGGUGUGCAGAUCAGCUUGGGUCUCUGGGACACAGCUGGCAACGAUGCCUUCAAAAGCAUUCGUCCUCUGUCCUACCAGCAGGCGGAUGUGGUGCUGAUGUGCUACUCUGUGGCCAACCAUAACUCUUUCCUGAACCUGAAGAACAAGUGGAUUGGUGAAAUCAGGAGCAACUUGCCCUGUACCCCCGUGCUGGUGGUGGCCACCCAGACUGACCAGCGGGAGAUGGGGCCCCACAGGGCCUCCUGCAUCAGUGCCAUAGAUGGGAAGAGACUGGCCCAGGAUGUGAGAGCAAAGGGCUACCUGGAGUGCUCAGCCCUUAGCAACCGCGGAGUACAGCAGGUGUUUGAAUGUGCGGUCCGAACUGCUGUCAACCAAGCCAGGAGACGCAACAGAAGGAAGCUCUUCUCCAUUAAUGAGUGCAAGAUCUUCUAACCUCCAGGAGACUUCACCCAACGCUCAUGUACUUACCCAAGACUACUGGGGACAGGGAGAGCAGGCCAACAGCAAGGACUGAUGCUCUGUCGGGGUACAUCCCUAGCACUGUUUCCUUUCGGAUUUAGUUUGCUGAUGGGACUUGGCCAUGGGAUAUUUUUAUUAAGUACACUCUGCAAAUGAACUCCUCAUCCAGUCCAACUAGGAGAUCUCUGGGGAAGCUAUCAUGAAUUUUCUAUCUCCGAUUAAAAACAUAAAAUGGACUUCAUAAUUUUGGACAAUGAAGUGAGUUUUCCAAAAAAUUCUGUAUUUAAAGACACAUUUUAUUUAAAUGAUAACACAAUGUAGAACUCUUGUAUAUAAUAGUUUUCAUGUCUGAGACACUCACAAACACACACUGCUGUCGGAGUGAAACAACCUUACAGGACUCUGCUGUGUGUUUGUGGUGUUAUUUUCAUCUGAAGUAGGAAUUUUGUUGGAGCCACUUGCCUACUAGAUUUUACUAGGUAAUCGAGUUUCAAAACGUCCAUUGACUUUCCACCCAGCUGUUGUUCAGUUUGUAUAUAAAACACAUUCAAUAACAUGCUACUUUAAUACUGCCUAAUGAUUUUAAACAGUUAUCCGUCUAUUUUUCUGUAAUUUUAUAAAAAAGUAUUUCUUAUUUACGAUACUACCUUUCAGCCAAAGAACUCCAGUUAUGCACUAAGUAUUCCUUUUUCAUUUACCAAAACAGAUGAGAGGAAAACCUUUGGGUAGAGAAUCAGAUUGCCCCUAGUGAUAGCAGCAGAGCUUGGAACAGAAUUUAAAGAUCUCAUGUUCCUUGAAUUUGUUACUUGAGCUCUUAACCGAGCGGGCAUGACAACAUAACUUAUUAAUUUUAGGAUCUAA